AUGGAAGCUGAUGCUGAUAUGGACUUCAUGGCAUUGGAGCAGACUGUGAGCACCGGACUGGACAACUUGUACCAAGCGGGAAAUCUGCAAAAGGACGGACCAGUGACACUGCCCAAUGGUCACUUGGCCAGGAGCCAGCCUGGACCAUGGGCCACAUCAGUGAUCCCGAGGUCACAGCCUGUUCACAUACAAGUAAAAAGGCAGCUAAAGGAGGAGGAGCUUCAAACAACAUCACUCCCAACUAUCCCGAAUCCUUUCCCCGAACUCUGCAGCCUGUCAAAUUCCCCAAUCCUCAACAAUGAGUCCAAACCUCCAGCAAGUGGAGACAUACACGUUAUUACUAUCUUCAGUGAAGAUGGAAUGAAGAGGUCACUUGAGGUCACAGCUGCAGUGAAAGCGCAGGAUGUUUGUCACAUCCUGGUCGAGAGGAAUCGCUACCUCAAUGAGGACAGCUGGACCCUGGUGGAGGCUCACCCCAACAUUGCACUGGAGAGGUGCCUAGAGGAUCAUGAGUCAUUGAUUGAGGUGCAGAAAACCUGGCUGAAUAACAGUGGCAGCAGGUUCAUUUUCAGAAAACAUUAUGCAAAAUAUGAAUUCUUCAGGAAUCCCGAGCCAUUUUUCCCAGUGCAAUUGGUAGCAGGAAGUCUGGAUGCCAAUGCAGGAGUUCCACACUCACAGCUUAUACAGAAUUUUCUAAAUGCUCAGAACUGUCCCGAGAUUCAGGGUUUUCUCCACAUUAAGGAUAAAGGAAAGAAAACGUGGAGACGUUUGUAUUUCUUCCUGAGGAGAUCUGGGCUGUAUUACUCCACAAAGGGGAUGUCCAAGGAACCGAGGCACCUUCAGUAUUUUGCCGAUGUGAAUGAGAGUAACAUUUACACAAUAACAAACAGAAAGAUGUACAACACACCAACAGAUUUUGGAUUCUGCAUAAAGGUAGAAGAGAGAGAGUGUGCCUGUGUAUACAACUGA